AUGAUAAAAAAUCAACGGCUUAAAACAUGUUCCCAGUGUCCACGGGGGAUCGAGCAUGUUUGCGAAAUUUGCCAGGAUAGUUUCUGUGGAAAAUGUGUGAACCAGCAUGUAGAUGAAUCAAGAAAUUACUAUCAUUCCAUAGUUCUGUACAGAUACAAGAACUCUAAUAUGGUCAUUCCAUCCUGCAGCAAGCAUCCUUGUUACAAACUUGAUACUUUCUGUCGACAAUGCAACGUCCCACUUUGUCUAAAAUGUUGGAGGUCAUCUAAUGUCCAUGAUAAACAUACCCUUGGUUACAUGCAGGAAUUCAUAGAAAGGCAAAAGAAACAAAUUUCAGCAGAUUCGGGCAUUCUACAAUCAACUAUCAUGCCAAAACUGCUAAACGAACGCAUCUCUUUGGAAAAACAGUACAAGCAUGCAAACAAUGAAAUUGAUGCAGUGUUAAAGAAAGCAGAGGAAUUAAAAUACAGUAUCUUCGAGAACAUUAAUACAGUCUUUAAUAGUUUUCAAAAACGAAUGAAUGAUGAAAAGGAAAUUAUACAAUCAAAAUUUCAAAACCAGAAAGUUUGUGUAGAUGAAGCAUAUUCUAAAGCAUCACGGGAGCUUCGAAAAAAUAGUGACAUACUUCAAUUGGAGAAUGAAAAAGAUAUUUUAAAGAUGAUAUUAAACUUCAAAAAGGAUGACCAGGCAUACUCUAUCAAAGACCACUUUCCCUGUGACGUUCAAAAUAAUAUCACAUCUCCCAUUUUUGUCCAUGGUAAGUUUCUUAGUCUGGUACAAGAAGUACAGAAUGGUGGAUUCGGAAGCCUUGAGGUUGAUCUCCAUUAUAAUUCUGCAGAAGACUCGGUCUCCCAUGAUGGACCAGGAUUGCUAAACAAAGCUUUAGUUAUAAAAACGAUUCAAGCGAAGACCAGGAACAUUUUGCGGUUUGUGUAUGCGGGAUCCGAUAUAUGGAUAUGUAACCCGAAACCAAUAAUAUACCACGUACAUUUACUUGGGGAUUCCACCGAUGAAAAAAAGAAAAUAAUGUGUCCAGAUAGGCCACGUGAUAUUGCGAUGGUUGAUAAUGAAAUAUUCUACAGCUGUGGAAAAGAGGGUGUUUUCAGUGUGGAAAAUGGUGUGUCAAAAUCGUUACUAUCAAUUUCCGGAUGGAUGGCCGAAGGACUGUGUGCAACAAGUACAGGCGGACUUCUGGUUUGUGUCUGUAAUGCGUAUUCAAAGGAAGUUAAGAUUAUCAGGUGUGAUAUGUCGAGGAUAAGUGGAGAUUUAAUAAUAACUCAUGAAGUCCAGUUUAAUGGAGAGAAACCUUUGUUUCAUUUCGGAAAAUUUGAACACUUUGUUGCAGAGAAUAAAAAUGGGGACGUCUGUGUCUCCGAUGCAAAUGCUGUUGCAGUUAUUGUAGUUGACAAGGCAGGGAAAUUCAGAUUUAAGUUCCAAGGAAAUGUUAUCAUUUACAAAAAAAUAUUUUCGCCGGACCAAAUCACCACGGACGUUGAAUGCAAUAUUAUCGUAUCUGACUAUAUGAACAAUUGUUUACACAUUCUUGACCAAAAUGGUUCGUAUUUAAAAUGUUUGGACAAUUGUGGAUUAGACUUUCCCAUACCUUUAGAUAUUGACGAAAAUGGUGAUCUGCUUGUUGGGAUGUACCUCACCGGGCAGAUUAAAGUGAUACGAUAUCGCAAAUGA